UCGGAACGCCCUCUCGGUGCCACAGGUGACACGAACCGGAGGGCGGCUCCAUCGGGAGUGGCUCCGGCAGGCCAGAGGUGCGGGGACCCGCCCUGCUCUGAGGGACGCGGCGCCGCCAUUGGCCCGGCGGCGGCCCGGGGCUGCCUCGCCCUGCGCCACCGCCUCACUUCCACUCCGGCAAGCGGGGAGGUGUCGUGGGCAGGGGCUGCUAGCUGGGACGAGCUCGCUGAGGCUGUCUCUCAACGGAGGGGAACGACUGGGCGAGUCGCGGAGGGGUCCUGCGGCGUUGAGCUGGCAGGGCGUCGCGUUGCCCCAGCCCGCUGAAACAGCGGGAGAGGUGAGGCUACCCUGAAGGGCUUCGGGGAGUGGGGGUGUCUUGCUAACGGAGUGACCGGGAGACAAAAAAGCCCGCAGACCCAUGCACCACCCGUAGUGCUGGGACAGCGUGAGGAAGGGCUGUUGUCAGCUGAGGAGUCCUGCCGCCGGCAGCCGUGCCGCUCAGCUCCGCGCUGCCGGGGUUUUGCCUGAGGAUGGAGAAGGUCUCAGAGGUGUCUCUCCCGCCCAGACUCUGUCACUAAGGCUAGAGGAAUACGCUGCUCGCCAGCGACUUUUCCUCAGAACCCUUCUUGAGAGACAGCGUGAAGAACUGCUGCCUCCUUACCGCAACGGGGCCGUGGCCUGCGACGCUCCUGUUCUGCUGGAGGGAUCCUGUCUGGUGGGGAUGUUUUGUUUGUUCUUGAACACUGGAUCUGCUGGGUCACUGAACUGUUACUCCAGGAAGCAAAGCUGAGAAAACAACCUGAGAAGACAGUAUUACCAUGGCAAGAAGAAAUGCAACACUUGCCCAAGAGUCUCUCAUCUAGAGAAGCAUGCACAUAUGCUACUGCUAAAAAAAGCAACAUCUGAGGCUGCUUAAACUACCAACUAUAACCUGGACCAAUCUUCUCAGUGCCUGCUGAAAAAGGCUUCUCUUUUUUCCAUACGUUUAAAGCAGACUACAAGACUCUCCUCUUCCUCAGGAAUUAGGAAUUUCCUUGACACUUUGCCAACCUCUACACACGUAACAAGAUGCUUGACUUAAGCUUCCUAACGGAGGAGGAACAAGAGGCAAUAAUGAAGGUGCUGCAAAGGGAUGCAGAGCUUAAAAGAACUGAAGAAGAAAGAGUCAGGCAUUUACCAGAAAAAAUCAAAGAUGAUGUUCAGCUGAAGAAUAUGAGUGGGCAGUGGUUUUAUGAAGCAAAGUCAAAGAGGCACAGAGAUAAGAUCCACGGAGCAGAUAUUAUUAGAGCUUCCAUGCGACGAAAGCCUGCCACCCUUGCUGAAAUGAGUCAGAACAAAUCAAGCAAAGCAAUGAACAGCUGGGUGAGCAAUGUUAAUAAAGAAGUCUUUGUGCCACCACCAGAACUACAUGGCAUUGGGGAACAUCAAGAAGAACAACUGAAAUUUAAUUCAAGUUCUAAAGCAACAACCUCUCUGCUAGCCAAACCAGAGGAAACACAUACGAAGACAGUGGUCUCAAAAGUGAAGCAAAGGAGAAAUCCAUUUAAUUCCACUGUAUCAGACAACGACUUGAACAGUGAGGAUUCAGAAAACAGAGCAGACAGUCUACCUCAGCUAUCAAAGAAGGAAGUCGUGUCAGUCUCUGAAGAGAGCCAGCCUAAACCACACUUACAAAGUGAUGAAACAGAGAAACAUACAAAGCCUUCUGUAGAAGCCACUGAUGAAUCACAGCAAGGACUAAUUAAGCGUCCUGUCCCAAAAGCUAGAAAGUUAAUUCAUAAAGCAACGGAUCCUGUGUCACAAAGAGAAGAAGAAGUUGUUCCAAAACCAGCCAAAAGGACCGAGAGGAUCAAUGGAACUGCCACACCACCCAGGGGCAUUCUGAAGCGCAGUUCAAGUUCAAGUUCCACUGACUCAGAAGUUCGUGUUAGUCAGAUGUUCGAUGUUCAGAAAAAGAAUGGUCUUCCUACUGCAACUAUUUUUGAAGGAGAAGCUGAGAAGAACUCUCUUAUAGAAGAAGCAGAAGACUCCACACAAAGUUCACUGGAAAAACUAAAACAAGUGAGAUUCUCAUCUAGCAUAGGUAAAGCAGAACCUCUGCAAUGCCCUCAGGUCCACUACAGCAGAGAAACAGGAGAGUUUGAAUCGUUAGAAUGUGACAAAGGAAAGAGUUGUGGAAAUGAUGAUACUGGAUCUGAUUCACUUGGGAAUAAGCAAAUUUCUGCUGUAAAGCCUUUGGGAGCCAAUUCAUCAGCUUUACAAAUAAAGCCAAUAGAUGGCUUACAUGAAGGCACAUCAACAUCUGGCCCUUGUGACAUUAAUAGGUCAGGCUUCCUGGCUAGUGAAACCUUGCAGGCAAAGGCAGCUACUCAUAAGCAACUUCACACUUCACAGAAGAUCUCCAACAAUAUCCUGCCAAGUAGCAAUAAUGAACUGAGUGGUGAUGAGACUCAUCAAAAUCAAUCCAACCAGACCUUGAGCCAUGGAUCUAAGUCACACGAAAAUUUUACUGAUGAGCAUCAGCUUUCUGCUAAGACAGAAGUGCAUGAGGUGUCAAAUACCAGUUCUACAAGCCUUCAACAAGGUUCAGAAGAACAAUUAAAUCCUGUUUUGAUGGCUUUGAAAAGGAGUGCAGAUAGGAAAAUGCCUUCCAAAAGUCUAGAGGACAUUCCGUCAGCCACCUCAAAUAAAGGAAAAAUAAAUAAUCCAAAGGAAGAGUUAGCUCUUAGUGCUGAAGAUGGUCCGAAGCCAAGUCAGCAUCGAGAAAGAAAUGAAAAUGCAGCAGGAAUUUCCACAGUGCCUUCACAGCCUGAUGAACUGUUUUCCCAUCCUGACAAACUGAAAGGACUGAGCAAGUCUGUGCCAUCAUUCCUACAGGAAGAGAGUGAUGACAGACAGACAGAUACAGCAUCAGAAAGCAGUUAUUCCAUUGGCAGAAUCAAGAAGAGUCCCAGCUCUCUAACCAAUCUUAGCAGCUCUUCUGGCAUGGCCUCCUUAUCCUCUGUGAGUGGAAGCCUAAUGAGCAUCUAUAGUGCAGACUUUGGCAACGUCGAUGUGAAGGGGAACAUUCAGUUUGCUAUUGAUUACGUAGAACAGCUGAACGAGCUCCACAUUUUCAUUUGCCAGUGUAAAGGCUUGGCAGUGGCAGAUGUUAAGCGACAGCGUUCAGACCCGUAUGUAAAGACCUACCUACUUCCAGAGAAGUACAAGCUGGGGAAGCGGAAGACCUCUGUCAAAAAGAAAACUUUUAAUCCAGUCUAUAAUGAAAUACUGAGGUAUAAAAUUGAGAAGGAUCUCCUAAAGAACCAAAGCCUUAACAUCUCUGUCUGGCAUAAUGAUACUUUUGGGAGGAAUAGCUUCCUUGGUGAAGUGGAGCUGGAUUUGGGAACUUGGGACUGGAAUGAUAAAUCCAACAAGCAGAUCAACUGGUUUCCACUCCAGCCAAGGACUUCAGCAAUGGCUCUUACGCCAGAAAACAGAGGGGAGAUGAAACUAGCCCUCCAGUAUGUGCCACACCCUGUUGGAGGAAAGAAGACACUCUCUACUGGUGAGGUCCAUAUCUGGGUGAAGGAGUGCCAUAACCUUCCUCUCCUGAGAGGCAACAGGCUUAACUCCUUUAUUAAGUGUACCAUUCUUCCAGAUACCAGCAGAAAAAGCCGCCAGAAAACAAGAACAGUGUCAAAAACUGCAAACCCAUUAUUUAACCACACCAUGGUCUAUGAUGGCUUUAGACCAGAAGACUUGAAAGAAGCCUGUGUAGAACUCACAGUCUGGGACCACAACAAACUUGCCAAUCACUUUCUGGGAGGCCUCAGGAUAGGCCUUGGAACAGGCAAAAGCUAUGGAACUACAGUAGACUGGAUGGAUUCUACUUCAGAUGAAACUGCCCUUUGGGAGAAGAUGAUGAAGUCACCAAACCGAUGGGUAGAGGAUACGUUACCCCUCAGGAUGCUGAUGGUUGCAAAAUUAACAAAAUAGGAUGGCGUUUUAAUGGGUGGUGUGAAAAAACAAACCCUGGGAAUGAAACCUGGAGAGGGGGCACAGCAGCUCUUCUGACAGUCUCCACUUUGUUGGUUUUGUGUUGUCAAAUGUCACACUGUAUUUCAAAUAAAACUUCUGACUGCAGAUUAUUAUGUAAAUGUAAAGGAAUUCUUUCAUUUUGUAUUCACUGAAAGUUACUUCAUCCAAGACAAUUCAGUGACAGAGGUAGCUGUAGUACCAGGAUGACUGUGUUUCUUAACAGAAGUGUUGCUGAUCCCUUAAACCUAAAUUUCCAGGAAAAAAUAAGAGCAAGUCAACUCAGUACACUCCUAGGAUUGUUCAUGAAGUGUUAUAGAAACAGGUUGCAUUUUAUUGAUCAUGAUUAGAAUGCAUUUUUAUCCUUAUUUUGCCACAUUGUAAAGCUCCAGAGAGGAAUACGAACACAAAGAAUAUAUAUUUUUAAAAGCUCCUUUAUUUUUAGGAUAUGAAAGAAACAUUACAUGAAGUGGUACUGCUGAUAUCCUGUUCUGCAAGGUGCAGAGGACUCUUAGUUCCAGUUUACUAUAAAAAAAAUCAGGGCUAUGAAGUUUUCUUGUGUACCUGUUAACUGUCUUGCUGUGUACAGUCCAUGCUCUCAAAUGUUCAAGGCACAGAGGAGAAACUGUUUUAUUGAAAUGCCACUCUAAAGGAUCUAAACUUGUCAGUUUUAGUCAUGACAAGUGUGUUGAGUACUUCUGUGAAACAUACUCAACUGUACCUAUAUUUAUUAGUUUGAGGUUUUGCAGAAUAAUUUGUCUGUGCCUCAGCACCAUCAUUAAGAGGAUGUGGGGUUACAGUGGUCUGGGUUCAGAAAGCUUUGCAGCACAGGAAACAGGACUCAAAUUUGUAACUUGUAGAAAUGCUAAAGAUAAAUGCAUGAAAGAUAAAAUGCAUGAUUUCUUUUUUUUUUUUUUUAAUAAAAGCAGCCUUUUAAAGCUAAA